GUUGCGCAGCCCUAACACUGUGUUACGACGACCACAUUCGAUUGUACAGACUGUAACUGCCAAGUAACCAGUAUGGCGUUCAUGCGUAUAAUCUGUUUAGGAACGCUGGCGAUCGCCGCCAUCGAGGGCGCUGGCUUGGAUGCGUUUCUGGGAAAGUACGAGUCCACCGACCGGCGAGAGAACACCCAGGCCUUUGCCGCCGCGUUAAAGCAAGACGACAUUCACGCAAAGAUCAUCAAUGAAUUUUCCGCCAGCGGCGACGAAUACCAUCACAAAUUCUCCGUGCCCAGCAAGAACUACGUUCAGGAUCUGCCGUUCAAACUGGGGGAAGAACGGCAGGCGGCGUUCAAUGGGACGAAUUAUAAAUACAAGUACACGUUGGAGGGCGAUUCACUGAAAGCGAACUUUGACCUUCCGGAUCGCCAGGUCGAUCAGAUGUUUACCUUCUCCGGCAAUGAAAUGGUCAAAACAUACAAAGUUGGUGACGUCACCGCGAAAGUUUGGUUCACCAAGGUUUAACCGACCAGUUACGAUGGCUGAUCCGUACAGUAAAACUAUCCUGGCAGCAAGUGGCACUAUAUGCGAGUCGUCGCCUGUGUACUUGACAAAUUAAACAUCCAUUCGCAGAUAUGUUGUGUUUAAUCAACACAGUAAAUUGCAGUAAUCGUCUGUACCAUUAAAACAUUUUGUCUCAGCAAUA